UGUUGAUCGUACCAUCUAUCUCCUUUUAAAUUGAGUUCUUUAAAUUUAACCAAAACCUCAUCCAACCUGAAUCGCCUUGCUUGGUAAUGCAUAUUUCAACGCCCCGAGACUUUAAACUUCAAAAUGCGCGCUACAUGUAGAUUGCUUCAGGCCUGUAGGAUUACACUGUUCACGCGUGAAAACUGUGGACUCUGUACCAAAGCCAGAUCAGUUCUCUCCGACGUUUGGGAUUCCCGGCCAUUUCAAUUCGAGGAGAUCGAUAUCAUCAAGUCAGAUGUUAAGCCUAGAUGGCGGGACCUGUAUGAAUUUGAUGUCCCGGUGAUUCACAUCAGCAAGUCUUCGGCCCCAGAAGAGCAUCCACAGUCGGCUUCGAAAGCCGUCAAGCUCAUGCACCGGUUCACUGCUGAUCAAGUAAAAGAUAAAAUGGAUCUCGUCGAGAAAGCAUAAAGCAGCCAAGCUCGGGAUGAGAUGAAGGUGUAGACACCUAAGU